AGGGCUUCCAUACACCCCCUUGCGCUGCACGCAGAUUGCCCGGAAGCGCCGUAGGAACGUCGGUUUGAAGACUAUCGGCAGGCGAUGUUGGCCCAAAUGCGCGCUUGCCACUCGAGGCGCAGAGUUGUCCGCAGGCCAUGGAUUCGAUGUGGACUGGGACCAGCCAGCCCUUCGGAAGGCGCUUCCACUUGCCACAGACAGCGCCUCAGCGUGGAGCCGCAAGCUUUCUUUGCUGCCUUAACACAAGCAUUACGUUCGCCAUACGUGGUCUCAUUCAACCAAGGUGACUACGUGCAGUGCGCCACACCGCCAGAUGUUGCGAGCUGUCGUAGAAGAGGAGCUGGGAAGUCCUUGACUGCAUGUAGGGACCUGCAUGCUACACGGACCCGUCUCCAAUUACGAGACCGGAAAGCUGGCGUUGGGCAAGCACACCUGUGCGCAAUUAGAGAGUUCGUCUUCUAAGUACGCCACGCCGCUCCUGCGAUGCCCAAAGACGCACG